AUGAAAUUCCCCGGGGCACCCAGCUACAUUCUCGGGCUGAACAUGGUCUUGGCCGUUCUCUUCCCCGCGCUGGGUGCCUCACGAGGGCUGGAGUCCAUCCUCCAGCAUACCACAUUCGCCAAGAAUCCAAUUGAGCAGGCCCUGCAUUCGAGUGCUCUUUGCAUGGUCGUUCGUUCUCCGUAUUGGAAGCCACAACCGGGGAACACUUACCGCGACCUGUCAUAUUUGCCCACAAGGCUUCGUCAAAAAGACGACGAUGAGGCCCCAUACAAAGCUCUUAAGAAAACUCGGUCGGAACUGGGGAAAGAACGCUUUCAGGACCUAAAACCAGCAGGUGUCUCCAUUGAACUAGCCGUACAGAUUCCGCCAUGGCAGACAUGUAGUGUGGUGCCUCCGGGACACCAGGUGUUUGGACAGUGUGAGCUGCCCCCAGGAUACGAGUUGGCCUAUGUCCCGGAAGAUGCCCAGGUCGAACCUCUGUUCGACCAGGAGCUAAUCGACGGUGAAAUGCGAAAAACUUAUUUUAGCCUUUCCUCAUCAUACAGUUUAGCGUCUGCCAUUAUCGCUAUUAUCCAGAUCAUCUAUGCUUCUAUCACCCUCUAUCGUACCCGAGGAGAACAAGUCGGGAGAUACGGGUAUGCAGCAUUUGGAUUCACAGUCCUUCCUUAUUUAAUUAUGUCAUUUGUUAACUUACUCGGGAACCUGUUGAAUCCCUCGUAUACUGUGCUCUAUCUCGUUUGGACCGAUCUAAUGGGUGAGGCAGCUGAAAGAGGAGGCUGUUUUAAAGGCUACGUCGGCAAAGUCGCCCGGGCGCCUGCAUCCAUUGACAACAUCAAACUCUUUUCAGGAACUUUCCUGGAAGACAAUGAUAGUUUCUGGACCUUCGAGCUUGAUCCCACGGCCCUGAAUUCAGACGACAUACCGUCUACAAUGGAACUUAAAGAGGAGGCGGCUAAAUGUGAUCUAAAGGGUGCAGAUCCUAGCUGUUCUAUAAUUUUAACUACAUCAUCCACGCCGGACAAAGCGUCGAAGCGACCUCCAUUAAUUAUCUGCCCAGUCUGUCACAACUUAAAGCAAGUGGAACAGGCAACAGGAACAUGGUCUACUGUUCAGCGCUUUAUUCGCGCCCCCACUCCAUUUCGCAUCCUCCUUUUUCUCAUCUCAGCACUUCCCUUCGCUGUCAUUGGGGCAAUGUCUCAUUUCAACUCAGGCUCUAGUUCUACGAGGCAAAGGGGCUGGACUAUGACAUGGCUUGCUGUUGGAACUUUAGUAUGCAACCAAGACCUGGCACUCGACUUGGCCAGAGGCUAUUUUAGCACCAAAUACAGUAGGCGAUAUGGGAGGUCUAAGGGUCGCUACCGUGAGAAUAUUGCUGCCUAUCUGGUCGAGGUAAUAUUUUUGCUUGUCUUUGCAGCCCCUGCUGUCGGUGGAUGGGUUAUGGUGGCCCAAAUGCUGCGAGAAUAUGGAUCAUGCUCCAUUUUGCAUUAA